GGACAAGUGGGCGUGUCCGAGUGCUGAGAGGAGAGGACAUUCCGGCUGAUGCUGGCGCUAAUAACGGAGCACAUUUCUUCCAAUAUUCCAACUACGAGCAAGUCCUGCAGUGGACAGUGUGAGGUGUCACCAUGCCGCUGGUCAAGAGGAACAUCCACCCACGUCACCUCUGCCGGGGAGAACUCCCUGAGGGCAUCGGCAGUGAGCUGGAGUGUGUGAUGAACAACACUCUGUCUGCCAUCAUCCGCCAGCUCAGCAGCCUCAGCAAACAUGCAGAGGACAUAUUUGGCGAGCUGUUCAAGGAGGCCAACACCUUCUACCUGCGUGCCAACUCUCUGCAGGACCGCAUCGAUCGGCUGGCCGUCAAGGUGACGCAGCUGGACUCCACGGUGGAGGAAGUUUCCCUGCAGGACAUCAACAUGAGGAAGGCCUUCAAGAGCUCCACCACUCAGGACCAGCAGGUGGUGUCCAAGAGCAGCGUGCCCAACCCUGUGAAGGAGAUGUACAACCUGAGUGACAAGCCGCCGCCCCUCAGCAUCCUCUCAUCCUACAGGGACGACCACAAGGAGGCGCUGAAGUUCUACACCGACCCCUCCUACUUCUUUGACCUGUGGAAGCAGAAGAUGCUGCAGGACACGGAGGACAAGAGGAAGGAGAAGCGCAAGCAGAAGGAGCAGAGGCGCGGUGUGGACGGCACGCUGCAGAGGGAGGUGAAGAAGGUGCGCAAGGCCAGGAACCGCCGACAGGAGUGGAACAUGAUGGCUCUGGACAAGGAGCUGAGGCCGGACCACCGCCACACCAUCCACAGAGACCGAGGGGCGUCCUCUGAGGGCUCGCUGUCUCCAGAGAACAGGGUUGGAGACCACUAUGCCAACGCCUUGAACCACGCCGGCCACGCCCACACCUACUCGGGCCCCCCGCCCAGCGUCCUGGCAGCACACAUGGGCCACGCCCCUGGCGCUGGAAGGGGCAGGGGCGUGGCUUAUCAGGGGGGCACGCUGGGCCGCACCCACCACCACGCGGCGCUGCCUCCUCCACCUGUGGAGGCCAUGAACGGGGGCUCGGCCUCCCUCCCCCCCAUGGACUACAGCAUGGAGGGCUAUGCCAACACAGGACCACCUCCCCCGCCCCCCGCCCCCCUCAUCCCCUCUGCCCAAACCGCCUUCGCCUCACCACCUGGAGGUCCUGUGUCUCCUGGACCAAUGGUUGGCAGCGGGGCCUAUGCCCCCCUUGCACCACCUCAGGCUGUGCCACCGCCUCCUGGUCCCCCGCCACCUCUUGUGCCAGCCGGUGCCUACAAGAUGGAGGGCAGCGUGGUCAAUGAUGCCCGCAGUGACCUGCUGGCGGCCAUUCGUAUGGGCAUCCAGCUGAAGAAGGUGCAGGAGCAGCAGGAGCAGCAAGCCAAGAGGGAACCUGUGGGGAACGACGUGGCCACCAUCUUGUCUCGCCGCAUUGCUGUGGAAUACUCUGAUUCUGAGGACGAGUCGGAGCUGGAGGACAACGAUUGGUCCGACUGACGGAGGACAACGAUUGGUCCGACUGACCGUUGGCCCGACUGACGGAGGACAACGAUUGGUCCGCCUGACGGUUGGUUCGACUGAUGGAGGACAACAAUCGGUCCGACUAACUGUUGGUCUGACUGACGGAGGACAACGUUUGGUCAGACUGACUGUUGGUCCCACUGAUGGAGGACAACAAUUAGUCUGACUGACGGUUGGUCCGACUGACGGAGGACAACGAUCGGUCCGACUGACGGUCGGUCCGACUGCCUGUUGGUCCGACUGACUGUUGGUCCGACUGAUGGAGGACAACGAUUGGUCCGACUGACGGUUGGUCCGACUGACAGUUGUCCGACUGACGUAGGACAACGAUCGGUCCAACUGACUGUUGGUCCGACUGACGGAGGACAAUGAUUGGUCCGACUGACGGUUGGUCUGACUGACUGAGGACAACGAUCGGUCCAACUGACUGUUGGUCCGACUGACGGAGGACAACGAUUGGUCAGACUGAUUGUUGCUCCGACUGAUGGAGGACAACGAUCGGUCCGACUGACGGAGGACAACGAUCGGUCCGACUGACGGUCGGUCCGACUGCCUGUUGGUCCGACUGACUGUCGGUCCGACUGAUGGAGGACAACGAUUGGUCCGACUGACGGUUGGUCUGACUGACAGUUGGUCCGACUGACGUAGGACAACGAUCGGUCCGACUGACUGUUGAUCCGACUGACGGAGGACAACGAUUGGUCCAACUGACAGAGGACAAUGAUUGGUCCGACUGACGGUUGGUCUGACUGACUGAGGACAACGAUUGGUCCAACUGACAGAGGACAAUGAUUGGUCCGACUGACGGUUGGUCUGACUGACUGAGGACAACGAUCGGUCCGACUGACUGUUGGUCCGACUGACGGAGGACAACGAUUGGUCAGACUGAUUGUUGCUCCGACUGACGGAGGACAACGAUUGAUCCAACUGACGGAGGACAAUGAUUGGUUUGACUGACGGUUGGUUUGACUGACGGUUGGUCCGACUGACGGAGGACAACGAGUGGUCCAACUGACGUUUGGUCCAUGACUGUUGGUCCGACUGACCGAGGACAACGAUUGGUCAGACUGACUGUUGGUCCGACUGACGGAGGACAACGAUUGGUCCGACUGGCUGUUGGUCCGACUGACCGUUGGUCUGACUGACUGUUGGUCCGACUGAUGGAGGACAACGAUUGGUCCAACUGACGGAGGACAAUGAUUGAUCAGACUGACUGUUGGUCCGACUGACUGUUGGUCCGACUGACGGAGGACAACGAUUGGUCAGACUGACUGUUGGUCCGACUGACGGAGGACAACGAUUGGUCAGACUGACUGUUGGUCCGACUGAUGGAGGACAACGAUUAGUCUGACUGACGGUUGGUCCGACUGAUGGAGGACAACGAUUGGUCCGACUGACGGUUGGUCCGACUGACGUAGGACAACGGUCGGUCAACUGACGGUCGGUCCGACUGACGGAGGACAACGAUUGGUCCAACUGACGGUUGGUCCGACUGACGGAGGACAAUCAUUGGUCAGACUGACUGUUGGUCCGACUGACGGAGGACAGAGAUUGGUUUGACUGACUGUUGGUCCGACUGACGGAGGACAACGAUUGGUUUGACUGAUUGUUGGUCCGACUGCCUGUUGGUCAGACUGACAGAGGACAACGAUUGGUUUGACUGACUGUUGGUCCGACUGACUGUUGGUCUGACUGACGGAGGACAAUAAUUGGUCCAACUGAUGGAGGACAACGAUUGGUCUGACUGACUGUUGGUCCGACUGACGUAGGACAACGAUUGAUCAGACUGACUGUUGGUCAGACUGACGGAGGACAACGAUUGGUCCGACUGACGGUUGGUCCGACUGACCGUUGGUCCGACUGACUGUAUGUCCGACUGACUCAACGAUUGGUCAGACUGACGGUUGGUCUGACUGACUGUUGGUCCGACUGACGGAGGACAAUGAUUGGUCCGACUGACUGUUGGUUUGACUGACCG